UUCAAAGAUUCCCAGACCAUGGCGCAAGGAUAAUCAAGGGUCCGACUUGUUCUGCGCAUGUGAAAGCAACGAGUGGAUGUCUCCCGCGCAACGCCGAGCAAAGUAGUCCAUGACCGGCUCAAACGUGAUCUUCUGAUUGACUGGCAACAUCGGACGACUCGUCUGUAUGAGCAUUCCCGGAAAUGGAAUCAGAUGUGGCCUACGUCGGUCAAAGGCGCUCUUACUCAGGAGCACUAUGCACCGUCCGCUAUCAAGGUCCCCUCCCAUCUCUCAAGGGCGAAUGGCUAGGGGUGGAAUGGGAUGAUCCAACUCGAGGAAAGCACAAUGGCUCCCACGAAGACCACCAAGUGUUCAAGUGUCUCUCUCCAGUCCCGACGGCUGCCUCGUUUGUUCGACCCUCGAGAAAACCAGAUCCUGAAAGGACAUUACUGGAAGGCAUCAAGUUCAAGUACGCCCCAUCGACCACACCAAAGACUGUCGCUCAGUCAGCCAGCGUGGGGAAUGAAGCGAUCGAGAUAUCCGGUAAAGUCGUCGAAGAGGUCGGGUUCGAUCGGAUCAAAAAGCAGCUAUCUCUGCUUGCGGACUUGAAAAUCGUGUUGGUCGACGAGCUCGCUCUAACAGGUAUUGCCGCUCGAGACGCAUCGAAUACUGAAGUCAGGCACGCCCAGAGGGAGCUUCAGCAGGAUUGUCCGAAUAUUGUCGAACUGGAUAUAGGCUGGAACACUAUCGAGACGUGGCAAGCCGUUGCGGAUAUAUGCCUGCCGCUCAAGAAACUAAGAAUAUUGAAAGCAGGCGGUCUCCGACUGAGAGGUUUCACUGCGAAACGAUCCGAAAAUGAAGCAAAUCCUUUCCAAACGGUGGAAGAAUUGUACCUGAACGAGUGCUUGUUCAGUCCUGAGCAGAUUCUACAAAUGCUAUCUCCUGGCGAACCGUGUGGAUUCCCAUCAUUGAAGGUCUUGUCACUCUCCCUGAACGAACUGGACGUCUUCGGCAAAUCCAACCAGAGCUCAGAAGUCAAUUGCCCGUCUGUAACAACCCUGAUCCUCGACAACAACAGGUUUCGAGACCUCUCGUCCCUGCCUGACAUCACCUCGCUAUUACCAAACAUCACCUCAAUAUCGUUACAAAGCAACGAGAUCUCACAGCUCGGCCUCGAGACGGCUCGGCGAUUCGGCAGCCUCGAAACACUCAACCUGGCAGGCAACAGGAUCGACAGCUACGCCUUCGUAGACGCCUUACCGUCCCUGUUCCCAAACCUAACUUCUCUACGUAUCUCGCGCAACCCAUUGCACGAAAGAAGCCACAACGGCAGUCAACAACAGCAAUCCGCUGCCUCGGACUCAACGUCGUACUAUCUGACGCUCGCGCGCCUUCCGGGCCUAAAGUCCCUAAACUACACUACUAUCACGCCGCGCGACAGAGAAGAAGGCGAGAUAUAUUAUCUGUCUGUCGUGGAGAAGGAGAUCCGGGCUCUUCUCGACACUGACGCCAACAGCUCCGUAGAACAAAAAGCCAAACUAGCAUGUGAUAUGCAUCCGCUGUACACGACACUCUGCGCCAAGUAUGACCGCGAGGACAUGGUGCAAGUGUUUGUCGAGAGCAUGAAUAAACCAGCUUCGCAAAGCGCGGGCAGGCCGAAGACAGAGUUGGACAUAUACGCGCCGGGCACGCUCGGCUCGCGCCUUGUUGAUGCGUGCUUUUAUAUACCCGAGUCUGAAUCGGAGAGCACGGAGAAUGGGAUGUUCCAACGCCUCCUGCCAACAACCGUCUCAGUGUACCGCCUGAAAUCGCUGGUCGCUCGACACUUUGGUUUACAUGCGCUGCAGUUCCGACUGGUGUACGAGUCGCAUGAGUAUGAUCCUGUUGAGCCCAUCUCAGUCACCACGCGGAACACCAAAGGGAAAGAGGAUUGGGAUGCUUGGGGGGAGUGGGACGUUGAUUCUGACCACGAGGGUGACCAGGACCAGGAUCAGGAUCUGUUCGGACAUUCGCAAGAUGACGAUGAUGAGACGGCAAGCAAGGAUGGCGCGCCGAAGUACAUGGUACGCGAUGGUCAGCGAUUCAGGAAGCGCGAGACGGAGAUCCUGGAUGGGAUGCGCGAGUGGGGAGAUUUUCUGGAUCUCACUGCUCACGAUGGGUCGAAGAUGAGGGAUGUGAGAGUUAGGGUGGAGCCUUUUUGAUUCACGACAAGCGUAUCUGUGCUCGACUGGAACAGGACUGUGAGUUUACUGUGUGGAAGCAAAAGUGCCAUGUGAGAGGCGAAAAUGCGCUUUCAUUGAAGAAUUA